AUGGAAAAUCAUCACGAUCAUCCCUCUACAGAUCAUGAAGAGGUGGAAGAUCAAUCUCGCGCUCCGCAGCGGCGACGCCGCCCACCCCUGUCUUGUACAGUCUGUCGCAAACGCAAAUUGAAAUGCGACCGAUCUCUGCCUUGCGGGCAAUGCGUGCGCUCAAAAACAACAGCGCAAUGCGUUUUUGUCGGAGCCCAGCCCGGUCAUGUAUCGGGGUCUUCUAAGCAACACAUGUCGCCCCCGCAAUUACCAAAUGGAGGUGUGGAAGACCAGUCCGGCCGGAAAAGCGGGAUUUUUGUCUUCGACUCAAAAUUGGGGCCAAAUUCGACUUCAAAUCGCGUUUCGAAGCGUGGCCGUCCAGAUGAGCUGCAUGAGCUCCGGAAUCGACUCCGUGUUCUAGAGAAUUCGCUUGGCAAAUCAUCUCAUCUUCAAACGCCUGAGACCUCGGUUUGUGAUGUUUAUUCUGAAGUCGACACGGCCAAUGGUUCUGAGAAUGUUGGUGUUGAUGACCGCGUGCGAUUCUUGCCAGAUUCGAGUUUCCGUGGGAAGAAGGUUAAGACUCGUUAUUUCGGUCGCAGUCAUUAUACCACUACUGUUUCUUUUUUCAAAGAUGUUGGUGCCUUUAUACGCCGUGGUCAUUGCCGCGGAGAUGAAAAAAAUAGAGAGUACACUGAUAUGAAAAAGUUCAAGACGGAGCUUUGGUCGCGUGAGACAGAGGAUCAUCAGCGAAGUUUCCGCGAGCAGGCUUUCAGGCUUAAUGAAAUGGUUCCACUGAGAAAUGUGGCAGAUCAUCUCCUUCAGCUGUAUCUUGACACUUUCGAGACGACAUAUCGAAUCUUGCACACGCCAACUUUCUUGAGACAGUAUGCUGAUUACUGGGCCAACACCCAACCAGUCGACAUGGCUUUCGUCGCCCAGUUACUCGCUGUUAUGGCUGCUGGCAGUUGCUUUUAUGUCCCACCACCAGGCCAAGACGACCGAGACACAUUCCAAAAACCGGCCAUGAAGUGGAUUAUGGCUGUUCAGUCAUACAUCUCGUGCACAUUUGUGAGCCCAGAUAUCGACUUCCGAAUGCUCCAGACCCAAACUCUUCUUCUGGUAGCUCGCCUCGGAGUUGCUAGUGACGGGGAUGUUGCCUGGGCCUCAGCUGGGUCGCUGAUUCGGUCUGCGAUUACAAUGGGCCUGCAUCGCGAUCCGACUCGCUUCCGCAAGGCUCGACCAUUCUACUCUGAACUACGCCGUCGCCUUUGGGUAACCAUCGUCGAGCUGGACCUCAAGAUCUCUCUCGACCGUGGCGUUCCGCCGUCAGUUGAUCUAGAAGAAUGUGACUGCGAUCCUCCAUCGAAUUGGGACGACGCGGACUUGAUACCGGACAUGGAGAAUGACCCUACUCCACCCAGUACUGCCAUUUAUACCCAAAACUUCUACCAAACUCUCCUCACCAAGACCCUCCCACUACGUUAUCGAAUUGCGAAGAAAAUCAACAGCCUUCGUUUUAAUUUAUCUUACGACGAAGCCCUGCGAAUGGGCGAUGAACUCUCCCGCUCCCUGCAACAUGCUUCCUCCCUAUUCGAGGACAAUGCCUCGAGUAUCGCUUUGGAAGAAUCGGGACGUCACCGAUUCGCCCAAUCCCUAUAUCUCUUCAUUAUGCGAAAAUUCCUCCUCGCCCUCCACCGCCCCUUCUCACUGAGUGUUGUCCGUCUACCAAAAUGCUCCUACUCCCGCAAGGUUUGCCUCGAAGAAUCCCUCGGUAUUCUCUCCCAGAUGGAACUUCCUCUGGAGACCGAGAGCAUCGUCUAUCCGGAUAUCACGCAGCUUGGCAGCGGUAUGUUCCGCGAUGAAACCUUCCACGCUGCAAUCACUGCCUGCGUGGAGCUGUCUCUCCAAGCCAAUGAAAUGACUACGUCUGCUACAUCCGGGUUGGAUGGUGUCAACUCCAGCGUGCUCAUGAGCAUGAUCCAGUCCCAACAAAGUGUGAUGAUGAAGGCUGUCGAGCGCACCGCUGAUAACUUCGGGAGGCGCAUCGGCCCCGGUGGGAAGGGAUGCAAGCCUUUCUUCUUUUUGAAUAUUAUUCUCGCUUCGGUCAAAUCGCGCGUCAAGGGUGAGGAUCCUUUGUGCAGUAUUGACGCGACCGGGAAGAGGUCUGUUCGCAUUUGCAGGGCGAUCUUGAGUGGACUUACAUAUCAGGAGGCUAAGAUUAGCGUUGAUAAUCGCCCCGUUCAGGUUGGUAUCCCUGCUUAUAGCUGUGUGUCCAUACCUAACGUCCCUGUUCAGACUUCCAUUCCUUCGGGGGUAACCCCGGCCUCAGCUACACCGAGUGAUAUUGAUCCUGCGUCACUUCUAUCGAAUGACUUCAGCGAUUUUACGGCAAGUCAUCGUUCCUCGGAUGCUGCUUGGGGCUAUGCUGACCUUUCACAGCCAGUGGAUCUAGGGGGCUGGUUUGAUGGGUUAGAUUACACUGGCCCGGAGUUGUGGGAUUGGGAUGCCGACUUGUCUGGCAACCUUCCGACAUUCUCAUGA